CAAACAAGUUCUACUUAAAAAUGGAUUCAAAUUCUUCAGUUCUCAGUUAUAUUUGAAAUUUGUAAGAAUUACAUAACAUGUCACCUAUUUUUAUUAUUACUUUAUUCAUUGCACUAGUUGCAUCUACGUAUGCUCAACCAGAAGCAGUUCCAUUUUGUGGACCACAUGCAAUUUGGAGAUUUUGUGCUCCAGUUUGUCCUAGAACUUGUGAAGGCUUAAUUGAAAAUCAACCAACCGUUUGUCCUACGAUCUGUAGAGGUGGUUGUGUUUGUGUUAAGGGUUACAUUAGAGUUUCUCGAACGAAUUCAACUUGUAUAAAAAAUUGUGCCUGUCCCUGGUUACCUUAUCAAUAAUUUGAAAAAUUGGUAAUUUUUAAAAAUUAAAAUCGAAUGGCAAUUUAAUUUUAUAACACCAAUAAAUUUACACAAUAUUAUAAUAUUGUAUAUUUUGAGAAAAAAAAAUAUAUAUAUAAAAUAGAAAA